AUGGACAAUAUCGGCCGCUAUAGCGGUGGUGGUAGUAGUGCUGGUGGUGGGAACGGUGGAACUGGUGAUGGUACUAAUGGAAGUGGCGCCUCGAAUGGAAGCAACAAUGCAAUUGUCGGUGUAUGCAGCAACGUGGGAGGAUUAUUUACUGGAGGCGGAGCAGGUGUCGUGGGAGGUGCCGAUGGAAGUGGUUCCGGGUCGAAUUUUACGCGCAUUCGCUCGACGACACGCUCAACGAUGGCUAAAGCGACGGCAGUCCGUGUUUCGACGGGAAAAAAGUUUAGCCAACUAUUGAUCAUUACGCCGGCGGUCGCGAUCGAUAGCAACGAACACGAUGACUACAAUGGUCCGUUUAAUUCGUCCUCGCUGGAUAGCGGGUGUGGAGGAAGUAGCGAGGGUAGUCUUUCCGAUGACCCGAUCGUCGACGAGGCAGGGCAAAGCCAGGGUGGCGGUGAUCGUCGCAACAACAACAAUGGCACGCGACUGUUGCCUUUAUUCGCCGGAGGAAGGGCAUCGUCAUCCCAGACGGCUUCGGCAUCAUCGUCGACUCCCGGAUGGCGCUGGUGUGGAUUGAUCUGUUCGGCGGUGAAAUGUUUCCGUGCGGCUGCAGCCACAACUACCGGAAGGCAAUCAAGCGCCUCGGUUAGGGAACCGCUAGCCGGAACGACUGUCCGUUACACAACGUCGGAAGCUGGUGCUGCACCCUCGGGAAGAUCCCGUGCGGGUGGCCGUCGUCCUGGUGCUCCCCGGUUUAGCCGCAAUCAUGUGUACGAAUACACGAUCAAAAGCUAUCACCAUCCGCAGCGUGAGCGACGUUCGAAUGGCCAUGCCGCUGGAAGCCGAUCUGCAUCGAUAUCAUCCGAGUCGUCUUCGCUGUCCGGCGGUGGAGCGGUAGCACCAAUUGUCACGGCCGAUCAUGAUCAUAUCAACAAUAACAACGGCCACUGCCCCAACAGCAGCGCCAAUGGCAAUGGGAAUAUUAUAAUGAGCUCAACGUUGCUGCCAAGAACGGGAUCGGGUGCGGUUGUAGUUACGACUACGCAGAUGCUCACGGACACCGAAAGGACACCUUCACCCUUGAUGGAUACGGGCACAGCUAGGGCCAAUGAACGGAACAACAUUAUGUACAAGUUGUGA